AACACCGACACGUACACCUCACCAAAAUGGCCAUAGCCAACUACAUCGCCGCUGCUGGCGCUCUCUCAUCUGCAUUCACCUACCAGUUGUACCACACCAAGAACGUCCAGCUCGACACCUUGUCCUCCGAGCUCAAUGAAAAAAUCACCGAUUUGACCAAAUCAUUGAACUCGAAGUCGGCAGCCUUGACCAAGCUCACCGAAGAGUCCAACACCUACAAGUCCACCAACGAGAAGGCUUAUGCGUCGGAGCUCAAGGCUUUGAAGUCCAAAAUCGCCGAUUUGGACGCAGUCAAGCAGCAAUUGGCCAGUGCCAAAUCGGAGUUGGAAUCCCAAUUGCAAGCAUUGCAGGCUGACUUGGCCACCCACAAGGCCCAGAUUGAGUCCUUGAACGGCGACUUGACCAAGUCGAAGCAAGAAAAGCUCCAGACUGUCAAGGACUGGGAAUUGAAACUGAAUGCGUUGGUGGAAAAGGUCUUGGUGGAAAAGGGAUCUGAAAUCGACGAGUUAAGGAACAAACUCAGCACCAUCGAAGAGAAGUACACCUCCGUGGAUGUUUUGUACAGCGACCUUGAUGCCAAGGUCAAUGUUGAGCGUAAGGAGGCCCACGACAAGAUUGGUGCUCUUACCACUGAAUUGAGUGCCACCAACGAAAAAUUGGUUGCCACUGAGGCCUCAGUGGAAGAGCUCCAGGAAAAGUUGGAGCAGACCGAGGAAACAUUAGUCACCACCAAGAAUGACUACAAGAAAAAGGAAACUACCUUGAAAGAACAAAUCGCAUCAUUGGAGAAAUCCAAAUCUAGCUUGGAAACCUCCGAAAAGGAAUUGCAAAAGGAAUUGGAGACUUCUCGUGAACAGGGUAAGACCCAAAAAGGUGAGAUUGCUGAGCUUCUUGAAUCGCUGAAGUCAAACAAAGAAAAGAUCACUUCGUUAGAAAAAGAGUUGGCUAAAACCAAGGCUGAGGUUGAAGAAAUCGAAUCAAAGCUUAGCAAGAAGGAAGAAGAGGUAAAGAAGUUGGAAGCAUCCAAGGAGGAACAAUCCUCUAAGUUAGAGAAACUUGAAAAGGACAAGAAAGACCAACAACUUAAAUUUGAAGAACUCGAGAAGGGCAACGAGGGCCAGAAAUCCAAGUUGGACGAGCUCGAGAAAUUGAACAAAGACCUUGAAUCCAAAUUGGAAGAACUCAAAAAGACCAACAGUGAGCAGGAGUCCAGAUUGAAGGACAUGGAAGGUCUCGAGACAAUCAACAAAGAACAAGAACACGAAUUGCAUGAGCUCGAAAAGGCCCAGAAGGAAAACGAGUCCAAUACCAUCAAGGAGAGGGAAGAGAAAGAUAAGCAAAUAAACACCCUCAAGAAUACCCAAAAAGAAAAUGAGGCCAAGUUGGUGGAACUUGAACAGCUUCGCAAAACCAACAAGGAGCAAGCACUCAAGCUCGAGGAACAAGAGGACAAAUUAGAGCAGCUCGACUCGCUCCAAAAUCUUACCCUCAAGGUUGUGGAAUAUCAGACCAAGCUCGCGGAAGCCGAUGCCAAGCUCAAGGAAGCGGAUGCCAAGAGGGCCAACGCAGCGGAACUUGACUUGCAGGUGCUCAGCCUUAAGGCAGAGCUUGCAAAGGCAAAUGAGUCCGAGAAGAAGGAAAAGCUCAGGGAAACGGAUGCCAAGAAGUCCGACGAGAAGGAACUCCAAUUGCAGGUACAAAAGCUUACAGAAGAGCUCGCAAAGGCAAAGGAGUCCGAAGAGAAAGUAGCUUCGGUCAACUCGCAAUUGGAGGCGCUCACCCAGGAGCUUGAAAAGGCCAAGAAGCAGGCCGACGUCACCAAGAAGAUCUACGAGUCUACCAAGAAGAUCAAGGACGAAUUGACCGAGAAGCUCAAGGCGUAUGAGCCCAGUAAAUAGGUAUAUAAUAUUUCUGACCCGAGAUGGAGGACGCAUACAUUCUGUCCCAUCCGAUAAUAUUAUUUCAUCCCUGAAGGGGCCUUAGUGUCACCAAGCGAAUUUUCCGAUCCUUUGACGUAAUUGGGGUGAAGUUACUCGCUGAACUCCUGAACAUGAAUACC